CUUUUUUUCAAGAAAUUAUGGCGAACGGGAUUCCGAUGAGAUUUAAGAGGAUGUCGACGGUCUCUGAGAGCAGCGGCAGCGAACACUCGCCGGAAGGGUCGAUGAAUCUCUCCGAUUUGGUCAAUUCGUUCAUCGAGAGAGAGGCAGAGAAUAAUGAAGAUGAUAUAGAAUUGAGUGAAUCAGAGACAGAAAUCCAUUCAUAUUCCGCCAUGAAGAUGGAAUUAAGAAGCUUAUUGGGAAACAACCAUCAAUUUAAAGAAGAAAUACAAGCAGAGAUUUGUGAUUUGAUUGGAAGUUCUUCAUCAGAAAGAAAACGCAUUUUGAUGAACAGAUUGCGUAACAGAGGAUUUGAUGCAGGUCUCUGCAAAUCGAAAUGGGAAAGAACAGGAAAACACCCAUCAGGAUCAUAUGAUUACAUAGACAUCAAAACAUCCGACAAUCGCUACAUAGUUGAAAUCGACAUUGGAAAUGAAUUCUCAAUUGCUCGACAAUCGAAACCAUACAGUUCAUUAUUGGAUCUUUUUCCUUCAAUAUUGGUCAUCAAGGCGGAUGAUUUGAAGAAGAUAGUGAAAUUGAUGAGCAAAGCAAUGAAGAAUUCUUUGUACAGUGUGGAAAUGUCAAUACCACCUUGGCGAACCAAUGGGUAUAUGAAAGCCAAAUGGUUUAGUGCGUUUAAGCGAACCAUUAACGAGUCCCCAUUACAAAAAGGGUCGUAUUUAGUUCCUGCGACUAAGCGAAGAUCAGAUGGAUUUGAGCCGGUGCCACUGAUUGUGUUCAAAGACUGCAAUUGUAGAAAGAAUUUGGGUGGUGGAAGAGUAGGACAACUAGCUUUGGCACUCAACAGUCCUGCAAUAUAUCUUUAGAUGCAAAUUUUGUUUUUGUUAUUGUCAAUUUUGAUCUUGAAUUGAGAUUUGUAAAUGUAACAGAUAACAUAAGACUGAAUAUUAAUUGAAAUUUCA